AUGGCCCCGAUUCGGAGAGUCGCGGUGAUUCAAUGGCAUAUCAAGGAUCUUGCUAUUGAAGAGAACCAUACCAGAGCAUGCAACUACAUCCGAGACGCGGCCGCCCAAGGCGCCGAGCUCGCCGUAUUACCAGAAUACCAUCUCAGCGGCUGGGCACCCGAUGAUCCGCUAUGGGCCGUCCAAGCCGGCGACUACAAGCGAUACGUAGCCGCCUACCAAGCUCUCGCAAAGGAGCUCCACAUCUGUCUCGUGCCCGGCAGCAUUGUCGAGCGACACGCGACAGGCGCGAACGAAUUCGCGUUCUACAACACAGCCUACUUCAUCUCCAACGACGGCAGCAUCAUCGGCUCCUACCGCAAGAAGAACAUCUGGCAUCCGGAGCGGCCGCACCUCACCUCCUCCGGCGAAGCGCCGCACGAGGUCUUCGAGACGCCAAUCGGAAAAGUCGGCUUGCUGAUCUGCUGGGACCUUGCGUUCCCCGAAGCGUUCCGGGAACUCAUCGCCCACGGGGCCGAGGUGGUGAUUAUCCCUACGUACUGGACUCGGCACGACGCCUCCCCCGAAGCACUGGCGCACAACCCCGACUCGGAGGCGCUCUUUCUCGAGACAACGCUGACGUCGCGCUGCUUCGAAAACACAUGCGGCAUCAUCUUCGUCAAUGCCGCGGGCCCGGCGGAGAAGUUCCUGGGCAUGUCGCGCGUCACGCUGCCCAUUGUGGGCCCCGUAGGGAAGAUGGGGAGCGAGGAUGGGGUGCUCGUCGUGGAGAUGGAUCUGGGGCUGUUGAAGAUUGCCGAGGACAAUUACCGGGUGCGAGAGGAUAUCGCCAAGGAAGGAUGGCAUUAUGUCUACCGACACAGUGCUGUGGAUGAAUAG